AUGAGUGUUCACAGCAUCAUCUUGUACGGCGGCGCGACAAUCCUACUGCAGGCCUUAUUUUUGCCGCUGGUCGCCGCGCAGGCCGGGGGCACCGUCUUCAGUGGUUUCCCAAAGCCGCCCAUCUUCCCAACCGGCGUCGAUUCCAACGACAAGUCGACAGUGACGUUGACAGGGACGGACACAGUCUCCGACUUCACCGAGAUUCGCAUCAUUUCCGACGUGACGGGCGCGAAGACGGUGCGCACCCCAGGAAAUCCGCCAGUGGCCAAAUUGACGAUCCCUUACCGGCCCUUCGACUUGUUUUGGAACGAUCUCAUGUCCGUCCAGGCCGUUCUCGGCUCUGCGUCGGAACCGGUCACGUCGACCUCGAAUUUCGAUUUCGUCAUCACCACACAAGGAUUUCAAGACUUUCCGGCCAGAAUCCGGGACCACCAGGCCCGGAACGAAGCUCCGGUCUUGAGCACGAGUAGGGUUGACGCACUAUCACCACUUCCCUCUCCGCCGCAGCAGACCCCACUACAGCCCACAUCCUCAAUACAGCAAUCGAAUCGUCCGGGGACAACACUGACACCGACUCCAGGCCAAGAUUCGACGCAGUUUCCUCGACAGUCUCCUACAAUUGCCGGACCCUCCGAUCCCGGGGCGGCUCCUUCUCCCACCGAUGUCCAGGAUGUUCGGACGGCAUCGGCUGCGCCACCUGCCGUUGCCAGUUCGAAUUUGUCGACGGGCGCAAAGGUGGGAAUAGCUGUUGGUGUUAUUACUGCAAACGUCAUUAUCAUUGCUGCCCUAGCCUUCUUCAUGUAUACCAGGCAAAAUCGCGACGCGCGAUUAACCCCAUUGCCUUUCCCCUGCUGCGCCGGGAGGAAGUCGGAUCGGGUGCAGUUCGGCACCGCAAACCAAGUCAAGUUCCACCAGAAGCCGGUGGUCGAAAUCACCGUCGACCAGGCGGAUGCCCCACUCACGGAGCUUGAGGCGCAAAGAGGGCCGUUCGAGCUGGAGGGAUCCACGGGUUUCUACGGCAAGUCACUCGCCGCUAUCAAGUCGGCGAGGGACAUUAUACGGUCGGCUGCGACCUCGCGGACUGGGCAUCGGACGAGUUUCUACACCUACGCUGAUACAGACUCGGACACAACGUCCAGUCGGAGCGCGCGGACAAGAUUAAGUUUUGCUAGUAGCGUGCCGCCGCUUCCGACGCCGUCCGACUACGUUGGGAGGGACAGGAGGUUUACAUUUGGGCCAAGAACCAAUAGUAUUGCAAGCAGCUCGCAGGGUAGUUUGAAGAGUAGUCGAUCAAGCUCGAGUAUUAAUACAUGA